AUGUCCUCACGGCGCUCGAUAAAGGGUGCGGGUACCUUCAGUCCUCCAGAAACCACACCAUCUAUCCACGAUUCCGCCGAUUCCUUCUCCUACUCCUUGCCGCCCAGACCAAAUCCCUCCGCAGACACCGGGCUCACCAUCGAGACCAACAGCGACGCCGGGUCAGUGCCGCCCUCGCCAAACAGCAUGGACGUGUUUACCAUCAGCCCAAUCGUAGCCCUGAAGCUUCUCUGCGCAGGAAUCGAAGUGCUCGUCAAGUUCACUGGAGAUAUCCCGCCUACGCCGCCCCCAGCGUUCACCACACCACCAAACAUGCGCGGCAUGCAAGCAGAGAAGGAAAUCAUUGCCCGGAGCAACUCCUACAAGAACCUUGCCGACCUGCACCAGCGUCCAAGAACACCGUCAAGCUCGAGUGCUAGCUCGGAAGGCAUAGACGGUGAAGACUUUCGAAAGACUCCUCUGAGCAGCCCUGCGGUUGCGCCGACAGAGCCAUACAUUAUCAUUGGUGAUAAUGCCGAACCUCUCAAUAUCCAGCACGGAGCUAUCACUCGGAAAUUCUACUCGAAGCAGCCACCGCCGAUAUCCCUGGAAGACUACCUGAUGCGCAUACACAAGUUCUGUCCCAUGUCUGUGGCUGUGUAUCUCGCAACCAGCUACUACAUCCACAAACUCGCUGUCGACGAGAGAGCCAUCCCUGUCACGCGUCGCAACUGCCACCGUUUACUGUUGGCAGGUCUCCGGGUGGCUAUGAAGGCUCUGGAAGAUCUCAGCUACCCUCACGCGCGAUUUUCCAAGGUUGGAGGAGUAAGCGAAAGUGAGCUGGCGAGACUGGAGAUUAGCUUCUGCUUCCUUACCAACUUCGAGUUCAAGACUAGCAAGGAAACGUUGCUGGAUCACGCUAUUGGCUUAAAGGAGAUUUCAUCACUGCAAGGUGCCAUGAACUUCGUCCCGAAGAUGCCGUUAAAGUCCCGGAAGAAGUCGAGCCAAUUUACCAACAAAGGAUAUCUAGAGAGAGCGUCACCCAAGGAAAAGUCAAGGACAAUACAGCACCCCCCUCUACUCCUCUACUCUACAAGAAUGGCGGACUUCGAAGCCGUCCUCGCUGGGAAAUACCCUGGCAAAGCGCACGCCAAAAAAGUCGUUGAAUGGAUGCGCAAGAGCAUUCCAGAUAUUACUGGUAUACUUUACCUUGAAGGUCAAAAGACCCGUAUGCUUGAGGAUAAUGAUGGCGAGGCCCCAUUCAGACAACGUCGCUACUUCUACUAUCUGACUGGAUGUCCUUUGCCGGACAGCUACUACACCUACGACAUCACCACCGAGAAAUCCACGCUCUUCAUCCCUCCCAUCGACCCGGAAUCCGUGAUUUGGUCCGGGCUUCCCAUGUCCCCAUCUGAAGCUUUAUCCAAAUACGAUGUCGAUGAGGUCCGCACUACAGACGAAGUAGCUGCCUCCCUCGCUCAUCCAGCUGAAGCCGUGUGGGCGAUCGAGAACCAAGUCAGCGAUCAUGUCACGUUCUUGCAGUCCCAGAAGAAGGAUUUCAAGAAGUUGAAGGAGGCGAUUGAGGAGUGUAGGGUGGUGAAAGAUGGGUAUGAGAUCGCGUUGACAAGGAAGGCAAAUGCGAUUAGUACUAUUGCUCAUACGGCAGUUUUGAAGGCUGUAAAGAGUGCUAAGAACGAGAGGGAGCUGGAAGCACUCUUUAUUCAGCACUGCAUCGCAAACGGAGCCCGCGAGCAAGCCUAUCACUCCAUCGUAGCGAGUGGCACUGCGGGUGCAACACUACACUACGUUGAUAACGCUCAGCCGCUGGAAGGGAAGCUUAACUUGCUGUUAGACGCAGGGGGCGAGUAUCAAUGCUACGCCUCAGAUAUCACGCGCACCUUCCCCAUCUCCGGGACCUUCACUUCGCACUCCCUCUCCAUCUACAACAUUGUCCUGCGCAUGCAGCUCCGCUGCAUCGCCCUCCUUCGCGCCGGCGUCAUCUGGGACUCGGUACACCUGCACGCCCAUGAAAUCCUUAUCGAGGGCCUCCUAGACCUUGGUAUAUUCAAGGGUAAAAAGCAGGAUAUCUUGAAAAGUAGGACUAGCGUAGCCUUUAUGCCGCAUGGGCUGGGCCACUACCUCGGAAUGGACACGCAUGAUACUGGAGGUCACGCCAACUACUCCGACCCAGACAGUAUCUUCAGAUACUUAAGGGUGCGAGGUUCUUUGCCUGCGGGGGCGAUUAUCACUGUCGAGCCUGGCAUAUAUUUCUGCCGCUUCAUAAUUGAGCCCUACCUCGUUGACCCUACACAUGCCCAAUACAUCGACGCCGAGGUGCUGGAACAGUACUGGGAUGUAGGUGGCGUACGAAUUGAGGAUAAUAUCUUGAUUACGGAGGGCGGGUAUGAGAAUCUGACAACGGCCGUCAAGGAUGUGGAGGGGAUGUUGCGUUUAAUCAAUGGGUCGUCUUAG